GUAACAGUUGCGGUUAAGAAUGAAGCGCGAACACGCUAGUUUAGUUUCUUUACACACAAACCUUCCAUCUCCAACAACAAACUUCUUCGAUCCUUAACCCAACAAGAAAAAAUGUCUCUGAGAAUCGCAGCAGUUUCUGCUUCUCGUAUUGCAAAACCCCAUAACCCAUCAUCACCACUCUUUUCACCUCCAUUUAACAAUCCUAAAUUCCAGCUCCAUCGUCUUCCACACGCCAAUGCUUUUCCACCACUUCCUAUUCGCAAACCUGGGUCUCAAUGUUACAUUCGAGCUAUUAGUGAUAGAGCUGUAGAAUCUACAAUUUCUAAGAAAGAAGAGGAGGGAGAACAGUCUCCUAAAGAUUGGAAGAUUAAAAUGCUAUAUGAUGGAGAUUGUCCAUUAUGCAUGCGAGAGGUGAAUAUGCUACGAGAGAGGAACACGAGUUAUGGCACCAUCAAGUUUGUUGAUAUAGGCUCAGAUGAUUACUCUCCCGACGAGAAUCAGGGCCUCGACUAUCAAACUGCUAUGGGAAGAAUUCAUGCUAUUCUAUCAGAUGGAACUGUCGUCACCGAUGUCGAAGCGUUUAGGAGAUUAUAUGAACAAGUUGGUCUUGGUUGGGUUUACGCCAUUACAAAAUAUGAACCGAUUGGGAAAAUUGCUGAUUCUGUGUAUAGUUUUUGGGCUAAAUACCGUCUUCAAGUUACAGGACGACCACCUAUGGAAGAAAUAUUAGAAGCUCGAAGAAAGAAGGGUGAAGUAUGCAAAGACAGCGAUGCUUGCAAGAUGUAAAUUUCUACAAUAUCUGACUGGUGAAAACUUUCAGAAGGCUUGUAGCUGAAGCAGAUUUAUUGAUUUAUAUAAGAUCUUAUUUACAAAAUGCUGUCAGUACAGAUGGUGUCGCGACAUAUGAAUAGCCUUUUUUCCAAAUUUUGCUGCAAUAUUAGGAGUGUGUAUAAUAAAAUGCACUAGUAUUCUAAGUCAUUUCUUUCUCUUUCAUCCUUUAGUCUCCCUUAAGUCUUAGUCUCUUAGGGAGAUUCUUCAGAUUGUAUUACACAGAUUACAUGAUUACCAAUAUCUAUAGAUCAGCACUUAUCAUUACUGAGACAUAA